AUGAAAUCAACACUGGAUCCCUUUCCUGCACCGCCGCCGCCGCCCACUGUACCGUUGCUGCCGGACGAAACAGAGAUCCGGCUGGUCCGCGAGGACAAGUCCCACGAGGUGUUGACAUACAGGAGGGCUGUGAGGGAGGCGCAGAGGGCGGGGCUGGAUCUGAUCGGUGUGGCGCUGACGGCGCAGCCGCCGGUGUUCCGGCUGGGCAACGCUGACAAGGCGGCCCACGCGGCGCGCCAGCGCGAGAAGGAUCUGCGCCGCAAGGAGGUGCGCAUAGGGCCCACAGUGGCAGAGCACGAUCUGCAGGUGAAGCUGAAGCAGGCGCGGGGGUUUGUGGAAAAGAACCACCGCGUCAAGCUGUUUGUGCCGUACCGUAUGCAGCAGAGGCAGGAUGCAUUUGUCAUGCUUGGUCGGCUGCGCGAGCUGGGCAGCGAGUUUGCAGCCGUUGCCAACCCUGCUGAAAACGAGCGGCUCGCUCGCAACACCUUUGCUAUCUUCUUGUCACCCAAGUAG